CUGUCAGCUGAUGUUCGAUGGCGAAAGAAUGUCACGAUCACGAAUCAUGGCAUCCAACACGGUCUACCUUGUCUGAAAGAUAAUCUUAAAGUACUCAGACGCACUCUCUGUCUUGUCUUGUCUUGUCUCGUCUGACUGGGACGUAUGUGUUCUGUCAGUGGGCUGUGGACCCGGAUCGGGGAGUGUGCCGGCUCGCUCCGGGUUAUUUCCAUUGUCACACCAAGAAUCGGGGUGGAUGGUAUCGGUAAGUUAGUGGCACAACUCAUAAAUGCAUGUCAUUUGAGCCGCCAAGUGGAUCAAAGUUACCCCAUCCACCAUGAGGGCAUCAAAUUCGCCCGGGGCGGCCCCAUCGACAGUGGAUGAACGCCUAUCCAACCACACGGACUAUGCGCUCGAGGACGAUCUCGGGUUUGAGAUGGUGACCAAAGUAGGAAUGAUGACAACAGACCCGUCGUCCAGCCCCACGAUCACCAUAUCUGGAUUGGUGCCCGCCCUGCUGGGAGAGGGGGAAGAGGAAGAGACCGAUGUCAAUGACCGAACCUGCCUCAUUGACCAGGAAGACCUGAACCUGAACGACCCCGAGGUCAGAACGGCGGGAUUGGCUAAUGCCGAAUCCUGCUGUUCCAUUUCCAUCCAAGUCUUCUUCCCGUUCCUCGUGGCUGGCUUUGGCAUGGUAGUUGCCGGAUUGGUCCUGGAUAUUGUCCAACAUUGGCCAGUGUUCGUUCAAGUCAGUGAAUUGUUCAUUUUGGUGCCAGCUUUGUUGGGGUUGAAGGGCAAUCUCGAGAUGACCUUGGCUUCCCGAUUGUCCACCCAAGCCAAUAUGGGUAAUAUGGACACGAAGCAAGCCACGUGGUCCAUGGUAUACACCAAUCUGGCACUGGUGCAAUGUCAGGCCAUAGUGGUUGGCUUGGUGGCCUCCAUAUUUGCCAUGCUCACCGGAUGGAUGUCUGAAGGCGAAUUCAGUUUCGAGCAUGGUUUACUUCUUUGUGCUUCCAGUAUACUUACAGCUUCCGUGGCCAGUUUUGCAUUAGGCCUGGUCAUGGUCUUGGUCAUUGUCCUAUCCAGAAGGUUUAACAUCAACCCGGACAACGUCGCUACCCCUAUCGCAGCUUCACUAGGGGAUCUCAUCACCUUAGUUCUCCUGUCCAUCAUUAGUUCUACGCUUUAUGGCGAUUUAGAAAGCGACCAAUGGCUCGCUCCCUUGAUCAUAGUGACUUAUGUCUUGCUUGUCCCCGUUUUUGUCAUCCUCUCAAAGCGUAACAGCCACACAGAAAAGGUGCUCUACAAUGGAUGGACUCCCGUAAUUUGUGCCAUGAUGAUCAGUAGUCUUGGAGGUUUGAUUCUGGAUCAAGCCAUUAGUCGUUUUGAUGGGAUUGCUGUGUUUCAACCGGUCAUGAACGGAGUGGGUGGCAAUCUUGUCGCCGUUCAAGCUAGUCGAUUGUCGACGGAUCUUCAUCAAACCUCCACCCUUGGCACACUACCUGCAGCCCAUUCAAAAGUUUGCUCGAGUCCUUGGGCAAUAUUCUGUGAACCCAAUAGUGAUUCACUCAGUGCAAAAAUUCUAAUGUCAUUCGUCAUCCCUGGUCAUUUGAUAUUUACUCUCACAAUUGUGCUUCUGGAAGCUGGGCACAUCAAUCACUCUGCAUUUUUUAUGGUCUUAUAUUUGGCUGCGGCUUUGAUCCAAGUUUGGAUCUUACUCCAUACUGCCAAAUGGAUGAUCAUCUUUAUGUGGAAGAAAAACGUGGACCCGGAUAGUUCGGCCAUCCCCUAUCUGACCGCCUUGGGCGAUCUUUUGGGUGGAGGUCUAUUGUGGCUGACUUUUGAAAUUCUGUUUCUUACCGGAGAUCAUCACCGAGACGAAAGUCCAAUUCUCGGAGGAGGCUUGUGAAGACAAUCCAACCAGCCAGCCAGCUAGCCACCUCGAUGGUUUCAGAGGUGUGAUGCUUUCAGUUUUUUUUUUUAUCCAUUGGUAUUAUUAAUCUUUUCAUCUGUUACGGUUCUUCAAAUUGCUUACGCUUAUAACAACCAUGUCACCAUGGUUCAUGUGAAGACUUCAAGCCUAAUAAACGAAUACAGUUCUUUCA